UUCCAACAACCACUAUCAUGAACAAUGAUCGAAUUUUCCCUCGCCCGUCUUCGUCUGAAGCAGAGGAUGACGAUGACGAAGAAAUGGAUUGGGAGGAAGUGGACGUGCAAGAGGAAGCCGACCUAUCAGCCGACAACGAUGACAGUCUAUCAAGGCCUGAUACUACUGCUUUCAACAUCGUGCUUUCAAAGUCUGGUGCCAACUCUACUCAUAAGAGAAAGAACCCGAACAGUGCGAUGGAGCGCAUGAUACGCCAUGAGACUCAUCGCGCACACACUUUGGCCCUUUUGGCAGCGGGGCGAUUUCGUAAUCUUUUACUCAAUGAUCAACUUCUUCAAGCGCGCCUAUUGUCCAUGGUACCACUGUCACUCGUCAACGCUUUCAGCUCUUUCUCACCUCAAACGCAUCCAUCUGAAAUAGAUAGAUCUCGUCUAUUUGAUUCAGCUAUAAAGGAUCUAGUCUCAUGGUGGUGGCAAUCCUUCGAGAUCGUCGAAUCCUUGGAAAGUGUGAGACUUCGUACAUGGACGGAGGCAGAAGCUCUCUACGACACCAUCCAGUCUUCUUCGAAAACUAGCUCAGCCAAAGGAAAAGGAAAAGAAGUCGAGGAUGAUCCAUUUCUGAAUCUACUUGAGACCGGCGAACCCAUCCAUGGCUCUAAAAGCUUGAUGAAACGAGCAGUACUCAUGAAGGGCUCACGUGACAUGUCGGCACAGCUAUUUACCAGCUUGCUGAGGGCUCUCAACGUUCCGGCUCGGCUCGUAUUCAGCCUUCAACCGGUCACUUGGCGCGGUGCUGGUGGUGGUGGCAAAUCAUCUAAGACAGACACCCCUAAUGAUCUCUCGACUGAGGAGCAGACGGGAAGAUCACGCACUCCCCGCGAUAAAGGGGCAACAGGCUCGGUGUCCACUGCAAAGAAAACGAGGUCCGACAACAAGACCAAAAAAUCAGACCAGUCAAAAAUGCUCUCCGUAGCCUCUCAAGCUUCGAAGUCGAAGCCCAAGCAGGGCGAAUGGGCCAUGAAGGCAACCAAAGCUGCAAAGGCUGCCAAGAUGAAGUCCAUCAAUAGUAGCGCUACGUCAUCUCGACACUAUGUCUUAACUUCGGCCGAUGGAAAUAGUACCGAUGACCAGGAGAUACCUUUGGCUCAAAAGCUUGCCUCGAGAAUUCUGGAGCCUAAUCAAAUUGGCGGAAGUAGUCCAAGCGAAUCCCAUCAUCCUGAUGGCUGGAGAAGUCGGCCUGUGGGUAAGGCGUCUAAAGUAACUCCGAUUGUGAAGUUAAGAAAAGCCAGACCUGUGAAAUCAAAGCAUUGGACAAAGAGUCCCAGCCCAGAACCAGCACAAAUGAACCGACCACCAGUCUUUUGGACUGAAGUCUACUCUCGACCACUGAGGGAGUGGUAUUGUGUGGAUGUAACUCGAAAACGGACGAGGUGUAAGAAUUUGAUGGAACCUACUAAGUCCAACCCCGAGAAUAGGAUGUUGUAUGUCAUUGCGUUUGAAGAAGAUCAUUUCAUCCGCGACGUAACCGCCCGCUAUGCCCAUUCAUUUGGUGCGACAACCAUGAAGUCUCGACUACCACCAAAGAAGGGAAGUCCAGAUUGGUUUGAAAAAGCCACGAUCAAACUCAAGAGACCGUACAAGCUACGAAGAGAUGAAAAGGAGGAUGAGGAGAUCUCAAAGGCUCAGGUUACGGAAGCAUUGCCAACCACUGUUGGGGGCUUCAAAGACCAUCCCAAUUUCGCUCUGGAACGACAUUUACGACGUGAAGAGGUCAUACAUCCCCGCAAGACCGUUGGAAUAUUCCGUGGAGAACAAGUUUUUCCACGAUCGUCAGUAGUCGUUUGCAAAAGCGCAGAAACAUACAUGCGCGAAGGCAGACGUAUCAAAGGCGGACAAGAAGCCCUCAAGCUAGUCAAACCGCGCACAGUGACAAUCAACAGAAAGCGAGAAGAAGAGUUGCUAAAGAUGGAAGGUCAAGAAGUUGCCCUACAGGGCCUUUUUGCAGAAUGGCAAACAGAGCUUUUGAUACCACCACCCAUCGUAAAUGGUAUUAUACCUCGAAACGGCUACGGGAACUUCGAUCUAUUCGCUCCCCAUAUGCUGCCACAAGGAGCCAAACAUUUGCCAUAUAAAGGAAUCGCCAAGACGGCCAAGAAGCUUCAGGUAUCUUACGCUGAUGCAGUAGUCUCAUUCGAAUUUCACAAACGGCGUGCCACUCCUGUCAUUCAGGGGAUCAUCGUGCCGGAAUUGGAGGCUGAAUUUGUAUUGGACGCUUAUUUUGCCUCAGAAGAUAUUGCUCAGGAGAAAGAAUUUUCCAAGCUUCAAGAGAGGUGUUUAAAACGAUGGAAAAAGAUCAUCUUGGCUUUGCGGAUUAGACGACGUCUGCAGGAAGAAUACCGCAAUCAGUCUAUCAUCGUGUCUUUGGCGAAUGCACCUCAGGAAGGACCAAGCGAACUGAACAACAUAGGCAUCCAGCCCGAAGAGACUGUGAUAGUUCCGAUCAGACCGGCUGUGCAGUCUACGCAAUCGAAGCGCCCUGCUGAUGCCGAUGGAUAUGAGUUGUAUGCCGACCAUAGGGUGAAUACCAUGGCUAUGCCGGGUCCAUCCAAGCCUUCAUACGUCAAUGGUCACAAGCGAGGACGCUCCGAGUCUGUCGAGAUCGACCUAGAAAAUAAAGAGCCCCGGCCUGUCUCCCCUCGGAAGCGCAGAAUGAAAAAGGGUGUUCCAAAAUCUCCCCAACCUUCCUUGGACGUUCCAAUGAUGAUGGAUGUCCAGUUAGACCCUGGGAUUCCCAUCAAGUACGAUAAAGCGGGGCGUGACAACGACGACGGCAUCUCCAGCCCAUUAUCAUCUCCUCCUCUGGCGUCUCAAAGGACUUCCGGCUCUGUAAGCGCCUCUAAACCCGAACCACGACGGCGCUCGGGUAGACAGCCGGCGACUGUGGUCAGCAAGGAUAAAGUAGUCGAAGAAGAAACAGGCGCGAUUGAUACAUCGAGGGGUAGAGCCUCUCGAGCAAGUGCAGUACGCGCGAGUAAGAAGAUACAGCAGCCCAGUCAACCUAGUGAUCGUGUACUUCGAUCUCGAAGAUAGUUUUGUUAUAAUUCACGAUGGGUUCAUCCAUAUAAAGAACACAUGGUAUAUGUAGACGUAUGCGUGUGCAUGUAUCCUUGAUGGUUUGAUCGUCAUCUGGCACACGUACUUCAGACACAUUGAUGCCUACAUCUAGUCGUAUAUCAGGACACUCGAGCAUUGUAGAUUUUGAGUGAAUUGGACUAAUUUGUUGAUCAAAGACCGAUGAUUGUUGUCGUCCAAGCGGUUUUGUUAGGAGAUCGGCCAUCAUUUGAGUUGUUGGACAAUGUUUAAGAACUAAUGCACCUUGCUUAACCACCUCCCUGAUCCAGUGAUACUG